UUUUGACUUCGUUCUAUUUUGACAUUAAUAAAUCGUGGUGUAGUAAAUAUGGCUGACGAACUCAAUGUUGACAGUCUAAUUCACAGGCUUUUAGAAGUUCGAGGAUGCCGCCCUGGAAAGACUGUUCAAAUGUCAGAGUCAGAGGUGCGGGGACUCUGCACAAAAUCCCGGGAGAUAUUCCUACAACAGCCAAUAUUACUCGAAUUAGAGGCACCACUCAAAAUUUGUGGUGAUAUACACGGCCAAUACACAGAUUUGUUGCGUCUAUUUGAAUAUGGUGGGUUUCCGCCAGAAGCCAAUUAUCUAUUUUUGGGCGAUUACGUGGAUCGCGGCAAGCAGUCUCUCGAAACCAUAUGCCUGCUGCUUGCUUACAAAAUCAAGUAUCCGGAGAAUUUCUUUUUGUUAAGAGGCAAUCACGAAUGCGCCAGCAUAAAUCGUAUUUAUGGAUUUUACGACGAAUGCAAGCGUCGAUACAACAUAAAGCUAUGGAAAACAUUCACGGACUGUUUCAAUUGCCUCCCGAUCGCUGCCAUCAUUGACGAGAAAAUAUUCUGUUGCCACGGGGGACUGUCACCGGACUUGCAGGGAAUGGAGCAAAUAAGACGGAUAAUGAGACCUACUGAUGUCCCUGAUACAGGUUUACUUUGCGAUCUACUGUGGUCGGAUCCAGAUAAGGACGUGCAAGGGUGGGGCGAGAACGACCGCGGUGUGUCGUUUACAUUCGGGCCAGAUGUCGUGAGCAAAUUUCUCAACCGACAUGAUUUGGACUUGAUCUGCAGGGCUCAUCAGGUUGUAGAAGACGGCUACGAGUUCUUUGCGAAACGGCAACUAGUGACGCUAUUCUCUGCACCGAAUUACUGCGGCGAGUUCGACAACGCGGGAGGCAUGAUGUCUGUAGAUGAAACACUCAUGUGCUCAUUUCAGAUAUUAAAGCCCUCUGAGAAGAAGGCGAAGUACCAGUACAACGGCAUCAACAGCGGCAGACCAGCCACGCCUCAGAGAUCGCCUCCCAAAAAGAAAUAACUGAUGUUUGGAAUCCAGUGUGCUGCACAGUGAGACAGAUGCUACAAAUAAUUUAAUUAUAUCUGGUAUAAUUGUAAUUACUACAUUUCAUGUUGUCAUCGGACAGAGCCGAAUAAGAUGCUGUGUAUUGUUAAAAUUUAAUUAUUUAUUGAUUAUUGCUUGUGCCUUCUUAUUUUUAAUUUUACUUUAAACGUGAGUGAUAUUAAUUUAUGAGUUUAGUUUACAGAGGUUUUGUGAGGGUUGCUGGUAAUUUUUAUUCGGCGAUGUCUCGUGACUGGCUUCUUUCGGUCCAUAAGGUUGCAGUCCAAACUCGGAUGAUCUAUGUUAUGUUAUUGACCUAUUGAUAUUAUAGACAAAUUGAUUGUUUUGUUAAUAUUGAAGUUAAAGAUGGCUAGCGAUCUUAAAGAUGCGGGCAUUGGCGAGUACGUCAUUACAUUGAAUAUUUUUUAAGUUGUAGUGGAUCAGAAGCACCAUUGCUUUGUUUAUUCUAUAACUAAUGUGCCUAUAAAUGUAAAUUAUAUUAUAUAGGUCGGUAUAGGACGAUAAUCGGUCAACUCAAAAAUUGUAGUUCUUGGGAAGUAAUUUUAUCUCAUGAAAUAGGUGACGUUUUCAAAAAACCAAAUCGUCAUGAGAAUUCUCCAAUUUUCUUUGGCUAUCAGCUUUAUUUAUAUAGGUCAGUUAUGGAGAUGGCCUAAGAAACAAUGUUAACUUUUGCAGUGGUAGCUAACAUGUUAAUUUUGAUUUCUAGGACUCCAUUGCAAUUUCCACUAACGCAAGGGAACUGAUGUCCCAGUGAAAUUAAUAUUAUUUUGCACACAGUAUUACUCUUAAUGAUUAAGUAGAUGUUUCCAAAUUAUUUGGCAGAUUGGCUCAAUCUCUCACUGAGGCUUUAACUUCACAAAUUUAUAUUAAGCCUCACAAUGAAUUGAUAACUAAAGGUGGUAGAAGCAGUGUAGUCCUCGCAACAAUAGUGCAAUUGCUAUAUUAUAUUGUAUGAAAUAUAAAAAAUUAUAUGCAGGUUUUGCAUUGUACAAUUUUAUUUUUUA